CGUCUUCCAGCAGCACAGGAAAUUCCACCUCAGCCAGCUGGAAUUCAUGCCUCCCUGCCCCAGCUGAUGGGCUGGAAUACGGGCUGCUGCCCUGUGCUCUCCUCUGCGUUCUGACAGGGCAUUGGGUCGCCUGAUCUGAGUGGACUUAGAUCUCUUCACCCAGGCUAACUCUCACAGGCUCCUUCCGUGUCCAUGGCCUUGAUGACCCCCGCAACUAUCCGCUUGGACAGGAAGAACAUUCAUGCCAUUGAGAACCUGCAAGGCGGGGGAGAAGUCCACAGCCUCUACCUGCAACAGAACCAAAUUGAGAAAAUUGAGAAUCUCAGCUGCCUUCCCAAUUUACGAUUCCUCUCACUGGCUGGGAACCGCAUCCGAACAGUGGAGAACCUCCAUGAGCUCCAGCAACUGCAGUUCCUGGACCUGUCACAGAACCAAAUUGAGACGCUGGAUGCUGACGAGCUGCCACAGAGCCUCCUCAUUCUCGACUUAACAGGAAACGGAUGCACCAACCAAGAUGGCUACCGGGAGCUGGUACUAGGGGCCUUGCCACAUCUUUUAGAGCUGGAUAACCAGACUGUCUCCAGCCAGAGGAAUUCUGCUCCAGCAGAGGAAGAGGAGGAGGAGAAGGAAGGAGACGAUGGAGCUGCUGUUGACACGGACUCUGAGGAGGAUUAUGACAUCUCUAAACUGAUUGGACCUUUCACUGUAGGCAAAGACUUCUUUGCAGAUCUCCACUGGGAGCUGACCAGCCGGUCACAGAGGAGGAGAGAAGAGGUGCUGAAAGAACACCAAGUUUGCAUGAUGGAACUUGCAGAACGUCAGAGCCUGAUGCAACCAACUGGGCACCCCAGCUCAGCGACAUGGAAAGACUGGAGGGCAGUGAACCCAAUGAAGAAGGGAGAAACACAAGUGAGAUCCUCAGCCUCCAGGCCACUUGAGCCCCAGCUCAAACCCAGAUCAGGACCUCUGUCAUCUACUCCAAAGCCUGCCAGGCAACACAGUGCUGCAGAUGCUCCCCAGAAGGCUCCAAACAAGACCAGGACCCAGUUCAAGCCCCCAAAAGAGACAGCUUGCACUGUGACUAAAACAACAGCCAGCAGAGCCAAGAAGUGACUGGAGCCCAGCCAGCUCCCUUUCCUGCAAAGGCACCUGGGACCUGUCACUGCCCACACCAUCUCCAGACCCACAGAAACAUCACAAAGAGCAUGGCUGACAUGUAAAGCCCCUUUAUUUUAGCUUAUUUGCCUGUGGCCUUGUGUCCCAAUCUCUCAGGGGAUAAGAGGAGGUUGGGGGUAAGUGCUGCUCAGUAGACAGUUUGUAAAGACAUCAGCUCCUUCGUUCUCCAUGGGUAGGUAGGGAUCAUCUCCAUUCUAUAGAGGAUGGAAGGCUACUAGCUUAGCAGCACUUCCUCCAAGGAAAGAGCAAGGUGAGUACAGGUAGCCCAGCCACCAAAUUCAGACCCACCCACCUAGCUGAGGCUCUCCCUUUUUCCAGUUCUCCUGAUCCCAUAUCAGGAUACUCAGUACCAGCAGCCCAUUAAAAUGAGGAGGCCACCAUUGAAAUUCUGGACUCCAAGAGAAUGACAAGUAGUAAGAGAGAAGAGGUGGUGGCUCACAUUGCUGGGGGAGGGCUGGGCAUGGCCAGGUCAGGAAAUUCCAGUCCAAAGGUGUUACCUCCAGUCCAGCGUCAGCCCCAACAUGGCAGCAGAGUGACAACCCACAUGGCUUGAAGCUGCUACUGUGCAGUGGUGGGCAGCUCUGGUCCAGUUAAAGAAGCAGUGUUCAGAUGUGAGGUGAGGAGUCAGGACUGGGACAGCGGCAAGGGGCUUGCAUUUGUCUGAAGUACUCCAAGCUGCAAGAAAAGCAAAACAAAAGAGAAGCAACAUCCAGACCCACUAGGGCGAGCAGAAUUUUGAUACAGAAGGCAUGGUUUCAAGGGCUACGGGUGGGAUCCAAUUCAAAUGCACUCUUGAAUAUAUGUACCCAGCAAGCAAUGCUCUACCUUGACUCGCGUGUCACCAUUGCCUUGCCCAGUGGGACUUGCUGGCUAUCUGAGCCAAAAUCCAAGGAUGAAAGUGGCUUCAAGUUUUCCAGAGGAGGACAGGAUAUCAGUGAAUAUAGUUCGUGCAGCCCCCCUGUGCUAUGCUUCCCCAACCCCGUAAGUGGCUAGAAAUAUGAGUCUUCAGACAGCAUGAUGAAAACUCUCCCUUUUGGGACAGGCACUAGACCCCUACAGUGUAUCUGCCACAUGGAAACUGGGCCACAGGGGUCAUUUCCACAACAUCUCCCAGAGGCUGAGCUGAGAAGGGAUUUUGCUCCAUUCAUCCGAGGCCCCUGCUCAGACUGGUGCGUCUUGGAUGCGGCUCUGAAGGGACCUCCCGAGUCACACUCCAGGUCCCUGCUGCCUCAGGCAACCAUGUCAUUCAGUCCCAUUCCCAAACCUAUCAAGCUCCAUCUUCUAAACAAUAAAGAGCAGUGGGAGCAAGAAAUCCUGCAGAAACCUU